GCCAGGGACAGGGUCAUGCAGAACAUCAGUCCAAAAUGCUAAGUGUUGUUAAGAGUUCGAAAGAAAAAGCUUCUUAAUACUCUGCAAAGCACAACUUGGUGUUCGAAUGUUCAAGUUCCAGUCAUUUCCUCGGACAGCAACUGUCUUCCCCGCCUUAUUCAAAAGAACUAACCACCACCGGUCAUUGCCUCAGCUUCAAAAUGCAACCACCAUAGUUGAAACACUAACUCUACUUCUGAAGCAACGCCAAAAACUACCUCAGAUUUCACAAAUCCAUGCCCAGAUUACUACGCAAGGUUUAUCAUCCAAUACUUCUCUCGUCUUUGCCAUCGUUCGUUGUUAUAUUUCUGCAAAGAACCUCAGUUUUGCACGAACAUCAUUCGAUCGAUGUCCAUUUCCAUCACUGCUCUUAUGGAAUGUCAUAAUACAAGCCUACUGCAAGAAACAAAAUUGCCAGGAAUCAUUCAAUUUAUUCCGGCAGAUGCUUGCGCUCGGGGACGGGUCUAUGCCGGACAAGUACACUUUCACCUUUGUAAUCACUUCAUGCUCGCAGCAAAACACACCCAUUUAUGGGGAUAUUAUUCAUGCUUUGGUGAUAAAGUUUGGGUGUGAAUCCGAUACUUUUGUGUGCAACUCACUGUUGAAUUUUUAUUCAGUCUUUGGAAAAAUGGAAGAAGCUCGGGUUGUAUUUGAAGAAAUGCCUCAAAAGGAUGUUGUCACCUGGACUAGUUUCUUAAGUGGGUAUACUAAGCAUGGGAAGAUGGAUCGAGCUGUUGAGUUGUUUAGUGAGAUGCCAGAACGGACUGAUGUCUCUUGGACAGUUAUGAUUUCGGGCUUGGUUGGAGUGGGGAGGUAUACUGAUGCAAUUCAUUAUUUCAAUUGUAUGUUGUCUGAUAAGUCUGUAAAGCCAAAUGAAGCAAUUCUUGUUUGCGUUUUAUCAGCUUGUGCUUACCUUGGUGCCUUGGAUCAAGGAAAAUGGAUCCGGAGUUAUGUAGAGAAGAUAGAAACGUUGAAAAGUGCAAAUAUAUCUACCGCUCUGAUUGAUAUGUACGCCAAAUGUGGGAAAAUAGACUGUGCACGUAGUAUUUUUAACGGAUCUUCCAAAAGAGAUGUUUUCACUUGGACAAGUAUGAUUUCAGCUUUAUCAAUGCAUGGGCUUGGUGAGGAUGCUCUUAGGGUUUUCUCUCAAAUGUCAGAUGAAGGAAUAAAACCGGAUGAUAUCACUUUAUUAGGUGUUUUAAAUGGAUGUAGUCAUUCAGGUUUAGUAGAGGAAGGUUGUUCAGUCUUUGACAAAAUGGAGAGCUUAUGGGGAAUUUCUCCGAUGAUUCAGCACUAUGGGUGCAUGGUAGAUCUUCUUGGUCGUGCAGGUCAAUUGGAGCGAGCCUUUGAAUUUGUCAGAAGAAUGCCAAUCGAGCCUGAUAUUGUAAUAUGGAGGGCACUUCUUAGUUCUUGUAGGAUUCAUAGAAAUGUCAAACUUGGAGAGCAAAUCAUCAAUUAUAUUUCGCAGUCGGAUCCCUGUGGUCAAGGUGGAGGUUAUGUUCUUCUUUCUAACUUGUAUGCCUCUUUAGGUAGAUGGGAUAAGGUUGAUGGAGUGAGAAAGCAGAUGAAUGACAAGAACAUUGAAUUAAGAACAGGGUGCAGUUGGAUUGAAGUUAAUGGAAUCAUUCAUAAAUUUGUUUCUGCAGAUAAGUUGCACCCUCGGAUUACAGAGAUACACCAGAAGUUAAAUCAAGUACUAAAGAAAGCAAGAACUGAAGGUGGUUACAUUACAAACACCAACCCAGUAUUAUUCGAUUUAAGUGACGAGGAGAAAGAACAAGCUGUUUCUUGGCACAGUGAGAAGCUAGCUGUGGCAUUUGGAUUACUGAGCACCCGUUCAGGGGCUCCAAUUAUGAUUGUAAAGAACCUGAGAAUAUGUGACGAUUGUCAUUCUGCAAUGAAGGCUAUCUCACGAGUUUUCAGUAGGGAAAUUACCGUCAGAGAUCGAUCUCGAUUUCAUAGUUUUCGUGAAGGAAUCUGUUCAUGUAAGGAUUAUUGGUGAUGAAAAAAAUUAAUCAUACAUUUGAUGAAACAUUUUCCUUAAGGAUCAUAGUUUGAUGGGGAUUAAAUUUCUUGCACUGAGGCACUACUUUCGAACUGCUGUUGGAAUCUCUGGAACUCCAAAAUCUCUGAGAUCCAAAAAAAGAGAAAAACUAGAAACUACAUGAGGCAGUUCUCAUCUCAGAGAUACUUUGCUUCCCAAGUACAAGUCAGUUAAUGAAAUAAAGCUACAGAAAUCAUGUAACCAGCUCAAAUGGCCCCAUAAAAACUACUUUUUUCUACAGUGAUCUCUUUACAACCAACAAAAAUAAAUGUGAUUCUUCAGUUAAAACUGCUGUACGGAUUGCUAACAAUAAAGCCCCACCAUCCCAACACCAGAAACAGAUAAUAUUCCCCCAUAUAUAAUCAGCUUCUUCCUUCUUUAUCAUUCAUUUGUUUCAUAGCAAUCACUGAUAACAGAAAUGAAGUAUUCUGGUUCUGGUAGCGGACGAGGCCGUGGAACACUAAAUGAACACGGGAUCUUGGUAUUCAAGUCUAAGAAUUUGGAUGCUGAGAGGAGAAGAAGAGACAAACUUAACGCCAGACUAAUGGAAUUACGUUCCAUAGUUCCAAUUAUCACUAGUAUGACUAAAGCCGCUGCAAUUGACGAUGCCAUAACCUAUAUCAAAGGGUUACAGAAACAAGUAGAAGGCCUUGGUGAUUGUCUAAACCAAAUGGAUGUUGCAGUUCCACAGGCACUAGAAGAAGAGAGUAUCGCAGGCAAAGUUGAAUUGGAUCAAAAUAUUGAGAAAUACACUAUAGAGGAACAAGUGAAAGUAACCAGUUUAGAAGGAGAUAAUUUGAGUAUCAAGAUAACUUGUUAUUCCAAGAGAGGAAUUUUCACCAGAUUACUGGAGCUAAUAACUACUCUGGGGUAUGAAAUUAUGGACAACAAUUUCACCUCAUUCAAAGGUGUUUGUCUGACUACUUUGUCUGUCAAGGGGAAUCGAGUUGAAAUUACUGAAUUGGAGAAACUUGAAGAGUUAUUGCUAAAAGUUGUCAGAGGUUUGAACAGUAAUGUGCAAUUGUAAUUGAUCAAGUAUCUCUGCACUUCGCAGGAAUGUAGAGAGUUAGCCUUCCCUAGAAAAUAAGAUAUGUCUUUGAAUCUCGGAAUU